AUGCGGCGCCCUCAACUCAAAAAAAAUCAGACGGCGUUGGUCCCGGGAAUCAUCCAAUUAAAAAUCAUCUUGAGGUGGAAAACCGAUGGGUUUAGGGCAGCUCUUCCAAGAAAGGCCCGCAGCAGUGCUGAGGACCUCUUUUCCGCUGCGGGUCUUCCGCUCCGCGCAUCGGUGGGUUUCCUGGUCUACCCCGCACUACAGGAGAAGCGAAAUGUCCAGCUGAUUCUUCUGCUCUUUCUCCCCAUCCUUCGUUUCUUGAAACUCCUGCGGUAUUUCGAAACCUUUCGUUUAUUGAUCCACGCUGCUCGCAAUGCCAUGGCAGCGCUACCGGUGCUCUUCUACAUCAUGGUGGUCAUUACCUUGGUGGCAGCAACGGCCAUCUAUUUGGUCGAGUCACGGACCAACAUUCCCACCAUGCACCAUUCCUUGUGGCUGGCCAUUGUGACCAUGACCACGGUUGGUUAUGGUGACUACUAUCCCAAAUCUUUGUUGGGCUACAUCGUGGCGUCCAUUCUCACCUUCGUCAGCGUCCUGUUUUUGGCCUUGCCGGUGGGGAUCAUCGGCAACGAGUUCACAGCCUGUUGGCAGAGUCGGCACCAGGUCCUCCUCAAGACGCGCGUGCGAAAGUGUUUGUUGAAGUGGGGCUACACCGCCAAAGAUUUGCAGCUCUUAAUCCAAUAUGUCGAUGUGGAUGAAGAUGGCUUCUUGACCCUCUCCGAAUUUCUGGAAUUGAUUCAGCAGAUGCGAGUAGGUAUAUCGCUGGAGCAUGCGGUGGAUCUCUUUAUUCUCUUUGACACUGAUCAGAAUGGUCAGAUCGAUCACGGUGAAUUCUUGCGUCAAAUCUUUCCAGAAGAAUAUGUGCAGGAAACGAGCCGCCUGACCAUUCAGAACGCAGGGCAGCGGAUUCAUGAAGCCCUCAAUCACUUAGAGGCGGUUCGACGCUCAGACAGCGCGGAACUGGACUAGCCGACUAGCCGACUGCGGACUACGACGCGCGUGUGUCAUCCCGGGUUUCUGAAUAGCUCCCAGUGACUGGAUGGGGCACUUAUCAAGUGUUUCAAUCAUUGAUGGUGCAAAGAAAAG